AGCAGGCAGACGUCCGUUGGCAGUUUAGUCGCCGGUCACUCGGCUGAAAACACGGAACCGUUGAAACUGACUUCGACCGGACGGAACCGAAGAUUCAAACUAGUUUUAGAGACGUUAAAACUGCAUUUAACGGCUGUACCGGGACCCAAACGGUACGCCGAAUAGUUAGAUAUAUAGAUUGAUAGUUUGAUAGCGAGAUAGAUUUCGAAGAGAAGAGGAGGGGAAACCGAGCAAGAGGAGGAGGAGAGAACCGAGUCAGGAGGAGAGGAAGAGGGAGAGGAGGCUGGAGAGAAAGAGCAAAGAAGGAGGAUAUUUUUUCAAGGAGUUUGGUGUAGUCUCCUUCCUCUUCUCCAGCCUUUCUCCUCUCUGUAACUCUUCCUCUUCUGGAGCAUUUAUGUCUGACUUCAGGAGCCUUUAAAUGUUGAACUUGAUGGGUGUUUUAAACGCCACCGCCGCCGCCAAUGUCUCCUGUACUUGUAACUGCAAGCGCUUCACCUCCCUCCAGAGCAUGGAAAUCACCCAGCUGGAGUUCGUCCAGAUCCUGGUGAUCGUGGUGGUGAUGAUGGUGAUGGUGGUCGUCAUCACCUGUCUACUCAACCACUACCGCCUAUCAGCUCGCUCCAUCCUCUCCAGACACGCCCCCGCACGCAGGAGGCACCUGCCGCUGGCUAACGAGGGCAGUCUGUGGUCAUCGGAGGCCACGGGGACCAACAGCAGUCUGCAUGAGCACCAGGUGUACAACCCUCGGCCUCCAGACAGACCCGCCCCCUCAUCCUACCUGCAGAGGGAGCCUCAGCUGGCUCAGUCCCAGCCUCCUCUGCAGCCGCAGCGCUUCCAGCACACAUACGCCCCGAGUCGCUUCCAGCCAACAUACCCCUACCUGCCGCAGAGCCUCAUCGACCUCCCCCCAACGAUCUGCCUUUCAGACGGCGAGGAGCCCCCGCCGUACCAGGGACCCUGCACCCUGCAACUCCGGGACCCUGAACAACAGAUGGAGCUAAACCGCGAGUCGGUCCGAGCGCCGCCCAACAGAACUGUGUUCGAUUCCCACCCAAUCGAAUCAUCAGGCUCCUGUUUGCACGCCAGUCUGCAGGCGCCUCCUCCGAGCGUCCACUCUGGCGUCAGCGUGUUAGAAGCCCAGGAGGCCUUAUCCCGGCAGCAGAAGCCCGGCCCUCGAGUAGACGGAGCUCCCCCGGCCUACAGCGAGGUGAUCGGACACUUCUACCACCCGACGUCUCUAACGUCCAGCCACAACCAUCGGACUGUGUCGUCCUCACAACCGCCGCCGUCCUCGUUCAUACACGGCCUGCUCCGACCUCCGCCUCAUCGGCAAGGAAGUGUGGACAACAGGAACGCCAGGAAUACGAAGGAGAAAUCCCAGAAGCCCCAGCAGGUGUGACAGAACUGCUUGUUACUCUGAGACUAUUUCUCCUCGCUGCUUGGGAAGUUAUUGGAGCAAACGAGGACUGACCUGGUCUCGGUUAAAAGGUUUAGGAGCCGGGUAGUUGUAGUGUCAGCCGGUCAUUUUCUUCACGGAUCGGGCUGGGAUGAAUCUGGCUUCAUCUUGGUAAGGAAACCUGAAGCCACAUCACUCCUGCAGAGCACAUCAGAGGAGAAACGCCUCCUCUAUCAGACUGAUCUAACUACUCUUCACCAUUAUAAAUAUUUACUUGUUCUGUUUGUUUCUAUAGAACUUUUUGUUCGUCUUUAUCGCGCUUACAAAAAGAUUCCUUUACAGGCAAAAUGGCGAAACGUUGCAAUCUUCUUGGUUCUUCCAGGUUUUGUUUUUUAGUGAUAAUCCCCCUCGCUGCUUCAGCUCCAUUUAUUUCCUUUUUUCAGUACGUUUACAUGCAAUCAGGAGAAGUCGAAUUAUGGUGUCAGUGUGAGUUUGAUUCAACUUUAGAGGCGUAGAGAACCACGCUAGUCUGACAGAGAGUCAACGGACAAACCUAGGUUAAGACGGCAUACUGGGGCCACUCUAAAGUUAAAAAUAAAGAGGAUCCAUUGAUUUUUUUUAAGUCAAAUUAAAAAAAAAAAUAUAUAUAUAUAUAUUAUUUUUAAAGUCAAAUUAAAAAUAUAUAUAUAUAUCAAAAUUUGUGAAAUUAGAAAGUCGUAUAUUUAUGAGCCAGAAAUUUUUUUUUAAAAAAGUCAUAAUUUUGACAAUGCAGACUCAAAAUUUUUGAUGUUAUUUAGUCUUGAAUUGAUGAAACUGAAGCAGAAAAAUAACAAGAAUAUAGUUGCGAUUUUUGAGUUUAGAAUUUGUGGCAAAAAAACUUGAAUUUUUUGGAAUAUGAACAUUUUAACAUUUAUAUUAAAAAAAAGGUCAUUGUUUAGAAAGUCGGAAAUUUUGACAUCACAAACUCAACAUUUCAAGUGUUCAAAUUUAUGAAAUUACGUUGGAAGUUAAAAAUUAAGAAGACACCAAACUGAACACAGUGGUUUGGAGAAGUCAGAAAUCUGGGCUGAAGCGCCAGGAUUCCUGAUCGCUCCAUCCCAGUGCUUAAAUUGAACUGCAGUACUUAAAAAACGCCUUUGUCUGGUCCGAUUUUCUUCCACACUACAGACAGUUUUCAACGUUAUAACCUCAGAAAUACAAAGUUAUGGUUAUCAUAGAUUUUAUUACUUUUUUAAACACAAACAUUUUGAGUAUUUUUCUUGAAAAUGAUGAGAUCCUCUUUUUUUAGAGUGGCCUUAAAAUGCUGUCGGAGAAAGAUAGACUUUGGCAUGCACACACUUCAUCCUGGGCUCGGUUUUCUCCACAUUUCCCACACUCUCCAUACCUGGCCUCAUACAUAAAUUAAACUGCAGCCUACCUGAAGUCAUGCUAUUCAGAUAUCACCGUAAGCUGCAGUGAAAACAUGAACUGUAGUAGACCUAAAAGUAAAGUCUGAAGUCUGUACAAAACCCUGAAUGUAACCACAGAGCUUACUGCUCUCUAAUUUAACCAGAAAAAGGCCCGGUAUCUAUCUGAAAAAGAGCACAUCACCACCUGGCAUACUUCUGCCCAUAAAUGAUCCUCCUGCAGACAUGUUUACUAAGACAAGCACAGAAGUCCAGUUAAAUAUCCUGAUGGAGCUUUAGUUCAACCUGACUGUGCAUGUAAACGUACUGAGUGACUCCUGCACCACUCUGAGCUGCACCCUCGGACGGAUCGGCAUGUUAGACUAUUCCCAGAACGAUUUAGUUAGCUUCAAUUAGCUUAGCACCGUGCUAAAGUCCUGGAGAUGAAUGUUCUGCCUUAUAUCGACCAACUGGUGCAGGAGUUUAAUCCCUUUUUUUAUUUGAUGUUUUCUGAAGAAGGUUUGCACAAGACUGUUCACCAGAGAAGCAGAAGAAAUCCACAAUAUGAUGGAGAAACAGAAAGUCAAAGGGGUAUUUUUAUACACUUGAUAGAUUCUUUUGAGUACAGAUGUUUUUUUUUAAUGUUUUUACAUGUUGUCUAGUUUCAGAGAAAGAAACAUCAGUGAUCUGUUGAGGUGCCAACUCUCACGUUGAACAUUGUUGCAUACAUGUUGGCACGUAUGUUACAUAUUAAGUAUAUAUACACACAUCAUGUAUGCAAACUGAGAGCGAACUUUACAAAGCACGAGUUGAGAGUUAUUUAUAUAAUUGCUGAAAAGAAUUGCACUAUUUUUAGUAUGAGCAGAUGGAAUGUAAGUGAGAGACUUUUAUUGUGAAGGAGCUCUGUCGAUUGCGGUGAAAACAGACCCUGAAACGUCCCACCAGAGGGGGCGUGGCCAGCCCAGUGCACAGCGUCGCUAUUACCACACUUAUCAUGAUUAUCUGACCAAUGCUCAGCGGACUUGGAUCAAACGUUACUGAACCAUUGAUGAAAAAAGAAAUAAAUCCUUUAUUUAUGCAAAAGUCCGAGUCCAGCGAGUCAAACCUGUGGGCCCAAUCAGAAACUCUGCUCGAUCUCUCUCUGUCAUCCUAUUGGCUGAAUCGUUUGCCAAUCCCAAAGCCGGCUGUCACUACCUCGACCAAACACGUCAAAGUUUGACAUACAAGCACAUACAAGUUUGCUCAUCAGACUUCGUCCCAUCGAACGUCUGAACCAAUCAAGACAAUGUGUGAUGUAAACAGGAAAGUAGGAUUCGGUAGGGUUAGCUUUUAUUUUUAAUUUUUGAAUGUCUGAUUUUUUUGUUCAUGGGUGGCAAGAAAGAGAAACGAAGCAGAUCCAGGGACACGUACCGUCCCUUUUAAAGGAAGAAAGCCAAGCGCCCGACAGGCCCGUAAUGAGUGAUACGCUGACUGUGCACUGCUGCGUCCAAACACAUAUCAGACCAACAUUUCUUGAAACACAGCUCCCCUCUGGUACGGCUUUUUCUCACAGGCAUCUCUGAGCACUUUACUGCAGCAGGAAAGAGACAACAAUCCUCUGUCAGCCAGCGUCGGACGUUAAACUCAUUAGAAAUACUGACUUUAGAGCCGCUCUUUGAACAGAUGCUAAAAGUUCUGCUCCAAAAAUUCAACGUGUUCUGAAAAUCAACCACAGGGGUCCCUGGAUUAUUGUCUACAGGUCUGCAUGGUCUAACAUAAGCGUGGUUAGGGCUGUGUAUAGUGCUGCUUGAUCAAAGCAAAACUUAUAAUCACAAUUAUUCUGUUUGAAAUUCAGAUCAUGUUUAAACAUGACAACUACGUGUGUAGGAUAAUUCUGCAGCAUUGCUGCAGGUCUGACUCCUCAGACCAGAGCAGCUUCCUGUGUGUCCUCUUUUUGUAGGGUGUGUUCACAUUAGGUGGGAUUGCUUUGUACCUUCCCUGAGCACAGUUGCACCCCUGCCCUUCCUUGUAACAUUGUAUGCAGUAGGGGGCAGUAUGGCUGUGGCAAAUUUACCCAGAAGAAGGAAGAAGGCGGGGCAGCCUUGGCAACUACUCCUGUGUUUAUUUGCUCAUAUUCCGCACAGACCAUACAGUCCAUCCUGCAAGAAUAUGAAUGUUUUAUUGUUUUUAAGAUGCCAGCUUUGACUUUUUUGCUGCUUUUACCAUGACCAUGCAGCUCAGGGAUUGUGCUGCACGACAGUUAGGGAGAUGGUCUCUGUCAGAGCCCUAAAAACAUUAAAACAUUGAUUCAUGCCUGCAGGAUUAACUGAGUUGUCUGCACGGAGCUUAAACCAUGUCAGCCUAAAUGGUUGCCCCAUUGUCUCUUCGUCUUUCUUCUUCUUCUUAUCAAGUCAGUUGGCGCCUACAACUCUACUCACUGGUGAGCCCCCUGUACUUGGGCACGGCUGCAUCCAUAUCCCACAUACCGUGCCUCAGUGGGCAUGAAUCACGCCCACGACAUGGUACGCUUGUGUUCACACUCAUCAAAAGAACCAGACAUUGCAGCAAAAGCACAGACUUUAUUCAAAACUCCCACAGACUUCAAGCCAAUAGAACCAGACGGGCUAAAAUAGAAACACAAGUCUGGGUUUUAGGUCUCGCUACUGCACCGCUCUAAUAGCUUAAAUAAGAGUGCAACAUGCAUGCACUAUAGUGAUCAUUUUAUCUCAGUUAUCUUGUUUUCAUGAGUAUGGAAAGCCAAAAUCUUCACUCAUGUUGAAACUCCAUGAAAAUGUGGAUUUUCAUUUCUCAAAUCUUAAAGUUCUUUAUCCAAGCAGCAGCACAAGGGUUUAGCUUAUAGGCUCAAAAAUUUCAGAAAUAUCAUUAAUUUGAAAAAUCCAGAUCCAUCUUAUAAAAGAGUGAGUGUGAAUGAGACUAAACAUUCAGUGUCACCUUUUUAAUCCCAGAGCAGCAGACAAACGUUGGACCACACCAAAAACGACUGAGAGUAGAAGAAAUGAAAGUGAGUCAUGUAGACAGUCAUGAUUUCUGCCUCUUUUCUUCACAUGGGGGAUCUUUCAGAAUAUUUUGGAGCAGAACUUUUAGUGCGUUGAACGCAGCAGAAGACGGGCUGUCAGAAAGCAGACACGCUGGAGUGUUGAAAAGUGACACGAGUGUCGAGAGCAGCUCGGCUUUUGUCGUCGUCUGAAGAGUGGAGUAGCUUUAGCUCACUGAUGAUUAGAAAACGUGUGUUUGUAGUCUUUGCUUUGUUUGAAAGAUGUACAAAGACCACAGGCUGGCUCAUAAAAAGCCUGCAUCCCUCAGAGUCCAGUCUUUAUGCAACAGCGCCCCCUACAGGGACUGAACCAAACCACAGCCAAAAGCCUGAAAGCUGACUCAGCUUGACCAAAAAUAAAUGUAAAAUCCUAAAAGUUUAGUCUUUAUUCAUGUCUGGAUGAAUCACAGAUAUAUGAGGCCGCAUGCAUCAAUCUAACAGCUCUUUUUGUAUCAUCAUGAAAUCAGAAUGUUAAACUUAAAUAUGAAUCUAGAUUAAAAAAUCAAUAUCAAUACCCAUUUUAAUACCCCAGAGUCCAAGACACCUCAAACUGGCUAGUUUGUUUUCAGUUAUUGUAAUCAAACUCCGACAAACUCUCUAAACUGCACAGACAUGGUACUAACAUGCCACUAAGACAACAUCUGUGUACUUAAGACCGGUGUUUCUCAGAUGGUCCGGCCCCAGGACCCACCAUGAGAAAUCUAGACCAAACAUUUGGACCUUAGAUGGAACAAAAUACAUGUUUGAAUGGAGACAGGACAAAACAAGCAUGUUUAAAAAUCACAUUAUUACCAAAAACCCUGGAGGACAUGCAUGCAUCGAUUUUAUUUUACUUAAUUUUUCCAUGAAAUGUGAUAGAUUAGUCUCGAGACUCAUUAGCCUCAUCACUCUCUAAUUCUUUAAAGUUUUUAAGAGAGCAGAUGGCGCUUUUAUUUAGAAGUUACUGCAGAAAUGCUUCAAACCUUCUGGAUGAAAUUAAUUCAGACUGCUGCCCAGUAAAAAGGGUUUGAAGUGGUUUCUGAAGUAACACAUUUGUUUCCAAAUCCAAACUAAUUUUUCAUUCAGAAUUUUUUUUUUCUGUCAUGCACAAACUAAAUAAUUAAAACUUAUUAGACCGGGCAACCAAAGCCCGGCUUCUCCAUCUUCCUCCUCUGUUAGAGCUUCCUAAAACGAUGAAGGUUCAUGAAUGACGCCCAGCUCUGUGAUUCAACAAAAACAUGACAUAUAAUCAAACAUCAUUUCUUUGAGCUCUGUUGUCUUGUUUACAGUCUCUCCUUUAUUUAUUUUAUCGAACACUGAGCACUUGAAAGAAAAAAAAUCUGAAUUUGAAGAAACUAAUCUGUCGACCCAAAGCAGUGAAAGGAGUGAUGAGUCCUUAAAUCAACGUUUGAAUCACAUUCGAGAUUAUGAGCCCAGUCCACAUGCAGGAUCUGAUCAGUUAUCACCCUGUUUAUCCCCUUUCUUCCCACCACAAUGAUUCUUGUGUUUGGACUGGGUUUUUCCUUCUUUUAUGGUUAGGUUCCUGUUCUGGAGGGUUUGCAGCGGGUACUAGAAGACUGGACAGACUCUGAUUAGUGAAGGAUUUCAAUGAAAGUAGAAAUUAAGAGUUAAAUGUAGGUUUUAUUUGCUUCAGGGAAACCUGCGCUGGCUGACAAUAUAAAAAAAAAAAGUCCAGAAGAGAGGAGGUAGAACUGCAGAAACCACGCAUGAAUCCACCCGUACGCCGAUGAUACUCUGAUCUACCCGCACAAACACGAUGCUGCGUUUACAUGCAGAGAGAUGACAACAGUUUCACUUCAUGAGACUUUAACAUCAAUUCAGACCAAAUUCUCAGUUUUAUUUUGACACGGUUACCAUAGCAACCACUGCAACAUCCACUGAGAGUGUCUGAGUCACAGAGCCAAUCAGUAUUUCCUUACGAAUUUCAGCUCCUGUGGAUAAGAUGAACAAAAACUGUGGCUGUCAAAUGAUUACAUUUUAAAACAAAGUCAGUCACUGAUUAUCAGCAGUUUAUCGCUGUUAAUUGCAUUUUAUAGAUUAUUUUCAUCACAGAACGCAAAAAUGUUAGUCUAUGUUGAUAAUGAGAAGAACCCGCUACGCAAUCGCAUGAUAUUGAAAUUUUGCCUGUAUUUCAUAUGUCAGUAUUUACAGGCUCAUUUAAGUGAAUACUGGUAUUGAUAUGGAUAUUUACAUAUAUAAUCAAAACUUCAGUCCUUUAAAGACUCUUUAAAGUUUGAAGAAAAGUAUGAACAAGGAAAAAGAUUUCAGCUGAUGUAGGUCUGCUGGUCUGCUGAUAUUUAAGCUUAUUUAGGCUAAUAUAUACAGCUGAUACAGGCCGGUAUUUACAGACAAUAUCGGCUGAUAUAGGGCACUAUUUACAAAUGAUACAGGCCAAUAUUUACAGCCAGUGUACAGCCACAAUAGAGGCCAUCAUUUAUGGCUGUUAUAGGCCAGUAUUUACAGCAAUAUAGACAAAAAUUAACAACCAAUUUACAGCUUAUAUAGGCAAGUAUGUAGUGCUGAUAUUUACAACCACAUAGGCAAGAAUUUAAAGCCAAUUUAAGCUGAUAUUCAAAGUCAGUAUAGAACAGUAUUUAUGUCUGAUACAGGCCACUAUCCAGAAACAUUACAGGCCAAUAUUUACAACCAUUAUACAGCCAUUAUAGAUAGACAUUGACAGCCAAUAUAGGCCAAAUAGUUACAGCUGAUUUAGUAAAAUAUUUACAGGUGAUUUAAGUCAGUAUUCAUAGCUGAUGUAGGUCGAUGUUUGUAGCCUAAAUAUGGGUUGUAGACACUGGCAGAAAUGCUGCUAUCUACCAAUCCUUAUCUACAGCUGCUGGAGCAUCUCUCUGCUUUAACGUAGUGCGAACGGCGCAUUACUGUCCAGUCAGCACACACUCUUUCUCAGAGCAGCGAGUGUGUGUUUCAGUGUUGUGUGGCUGAGUGUGUGUGCUGUGGGUUGCUCUGGGAAAGGCCUCCAGCCGUCUAGACAAAAACUAAACACACUCACACACACUCAGACUAAACAUAGCCAUCUGAGCAGCUCUUCUUCACUCACUUCAGUUUUUUAAUGUCGACCUCACACGGAACCGCCCACUCCUUCCUCUCUCUACGAGCUCUUCCUGUUCUGUUAGAGAUGCCUGCCGUCCAAUGACAGAGCUCCUCACGUACCAGCCUUGGCCUCCAUUGGCUGGCUGCUGGUCUCCAUGGAAACGUCCAUCGUAUGUUGUCUUUGCUAUGUCGUACAAGUGUGCCUGCCUACGCUGAGACGGGCGAAAUGUGAGUGGUUAGUUUGGGCUGUCAAUCACCCUAGGCCACACCUCCUUACUGUCUCAGAUGAUGAUGAUUGGAUGAUGAUGAUGAUGAGAUUGAGGAUGAUGAAGAUAGAUGUUUUUUGAUAGUGAUGCCGCAGAGAGCGUUGCAAUACACCUACUAUUUGCCUUUUUGAUAAUAUUAGUCCUAUUUUAACGUAGUGUGCGUAAUUUUUCAUUGUUGUUGUUUUAUUGUUUGUUUUUUCACUUUGAGAACAAAAAGGUCAUUUUACUUCAAUCCAUCGAUCCCACAGAAGCUUUUUUUGUUUGAGAGUAAAACUUUCUCCCACAGCGCCGCUGUAGGUCACUGGGAGGACGAGUAAACGCCAGGAGAAAUACUUCUGCUUUAAGUGCCCUGAAGCUGAUUCUCAUCUCUGAUAGUUUCACAAACUUCCUCCUAGGAUGGCAAGUGUUUCAGCCAUCGCUGUAGUCCAGGACUUUUCAGAAACACCUUCUUUUUUAAAAAAAAGCACUUAGAAGUCAGAGUAUAUUUCUCUCUGAAAAAUCUCCCGUCCUGAUCACCCAGCUGGUCCUUGAAAUCUCUAAUCAUCGCCUCUCCGCGCCCGGCCCAGCGUCUACUCGUGUGCCUUCUGGUGUCCGGGCUCAAACGGAGACUCCACAAAACAUGGGACAGUUCAACAAACGUGUCAGAUCUGCCAGUACUGUUGCCUUGUGACAUGUUAGAAAUCAAACAGCACCCAAAUACCCACAAUCCUCUGGUAGAUACACCGCCAUGUAUAUGGAAGCCCAUUCAUGCAGGAAAAGGGAGAAAACCUGAAAUAUUCAAAUCACAAAAAUACUCAUGGUUCAAAGCUUCUUUAUUUAAUUCUGCAGAAGUGGAACUGCUUUUCUGUGCAACAGCCGGGAAUGAUCCCCAAAAUCAGCGAUCCGUCCUCGUGAAAUGAGGGUUUUCACUAGAAUUUGGACAUACUGAGCUGAAAUAAGACUUGUCACUGUUUGACUCAGUCAAAUAGAGUUGCUAAUAUUUUCAAUACUUCUUCCAUACCAUGCAUUUAAAAAAACACAGCCUCUUUUUUUUUUAAUGAUCAGCAGAAUUAGAGAUGGGCAUUGACUGUUGCAUUAUUCUAACAGUCAUAAUCUUUAAAAUUGAACUUUUCAUGCUGCAAUAAUCUAAUGUAAAACCUUUAACCAAUGCUAGUGGUUUUAAUGCAGUAAAACCACCAGACGGUGGCAGUAGCACGUCUGACAGCUGUUUGCUAACCGCCAUUAAAUAAGAAAAGAAGAAGAAAGCAGGAGUAGGUAUUUACAGAUCCAGCUUCACUUUAGAAACAAUCAAUUUACUGAGAAUUGAAAAUACCUGUUUAACUCAGUUUACUGUUUGGACUAGGUCAAAACCAGCAGUAAAGGAUGCUAAAUCUGUUAGCCUGUUAACGGCAUUUUCCAUUAAGUGUUAGCAUCAAGCUAACAAAGUCAAUUGUCCAUCUCUCCUCAGUCCAUCUUUUAAAAGCUUCAAAUUUUCCUCUGAUUUCAGUCAAAUUGAUUGCUGUUGACUUUCAGAGAGUUGGUUUCCUGAAAAUAAAAAGUUCAAACUAGCAGGAAGCCAUGCUAAAUCUGUUAGCCUGUUAAUGGAAUUUUCCAUUAAGUGUUAGCAUCAAGCUAACAAACUCAAAUGUCCGUUUCAUAAAAGCCUCAGUCUGUCUUCUGAUUUCAGUCAGAUUGAUUGCAAAUAACUUUUGAAGAGUUAUUUUCCUUCAAACUCACAUCCCUAAAAAACAACUCGAAGUUUAACAACACUUCUUUUUUCAGACACAGCACAUAAAAAUGGUGGCAAACUCCCACACGUCUCAGUGUUUUUGUGAAAUUUAGACUGUGUCUGACUUUUUCUCCAGUUUUUUCCAUUUAAAAUUAAAUACUGCCCACUAAUGUUGUUGGUAAAUGUACGGUAUGGAAACAGUUCUACUAUCACCAUAAAUACUGGAGUCUUGGCAGCGCUACAGUCAGAAUAUUUGAGGUUGUGACUCUGUACGUUUUUUUUAACUUACCACAUAUUUGUCCGUUUUCCUCCCAUCUUUCCUGGCAAACUUGGGCUUCCAUAAAGAUGUGAACGUUUUCCUCACUUCUGUUGCGCUCCAGUGCUGUUGAAGAAUGUUGUUGCCUUAACUUCCGUUGUUGUUUUUUAGCACACCAUGAUUUUAAAUCCAUCAUAUUUUUGAAUCAUAAUUUUCAUUUGCUAACUUUGCUGUUUGAUGGUGUUUGAAGUUAAAUAAAGUCUUAUCAAUGUUAAUGUUGCUUCUUAUUUCUGAAGUUCAAGCAUCAACAGUGCAGAAACUCGAGCUGGAGCGAGUGCAUGUGUCUGAUUAGAAAUGAUCUGUUUACACUCAUUAGAGCCUCAUUCACCUAAAAAGUUCAGAUUACAGACAUAUUUGAAGACGUAGCAGAAAUACAGUCUUAAAUGCUUGUCAUCAGUAAAAACAACGGUAAAUGUUCCCCGAAUGUCUUAAAUUAUUUUUAUCUAAAGCUCAGUUCAGACCAAAGAUUCACCACCAGCAGAAACUUCAACGGGCCGCACUGUGCUGUUUUAAAAGCCUGUUAGCUCACGCUGCUGCAGCUGCAGCUGGAGCAGCAGGAGACUAGUAUUUUUUUAGGGAUUAUUUAUUUGGGCCUUUAUUUUAUAUGAUAGCCGAAGAGAGAGAGGAAAUAUGAGGAAGACAUGCAACAAGACCAGGAACCAAUCCCACAUCCAGUCUGCUGAGGACUCUAACCUCCACAUGGACGCCCACUCUACCCACUGAGCUAAACCAACAUGGCUUUUAUAGCAACAACUAUCUGUGCUUACCUCUCCAUGCUAAAAAUACUUUUUUUUACCUGUGAUGCAGCGUCUGAUCUAACUUUAACAGUAAUAGUGAGUGCUUUUGUCCAAAACAUUAAAAACAGAGGAACCAGACUUUGAAGCCAUCCAUGAGCGCCAACGAUUUCUUAUGUUUCGUAAUUUUCUUGUUUGACCCGCGGCAGUCUCAGCCUUUAGAGGAACUGCCUACAUUAACGCUCUGACUAUCCAGACUGUGUUCCACGGGGGAAUCCGUGAUGAUGGCACUGAGUCUCUCCUAAAACCUAAACAGGAGAAGUGGGUGUCCCCUGAGAGAACAGGAUGCACCCUGCACCUUUUUUUCACCUCCGCCAAGGAGGUCGGGUGGGUUUAUUUGUUCGUUAGUUUGUUUGUUUGCAACAUAACUCAAAAAGUUAUGGACGG